UCUCCCAGCGGCUGGCAAGCGUGCGGGAGCUCGGAUAUCCUUGGGUUUGCCCUGUUAACCGAGAGGAGGGAGAAGAUAGGGUUCCCAUGUAUCUCAGCUGGAGGAACUUGGAGAGGGAGGGCCCCGUGAAGCAGCAAGGAUGGCGGGCAGAAGGAGGGGGCUGGUUUCUGGGCGGUGCUAAAUCUGGGUGGGGGCGCGGUCACCGCCGAGGCGGCCACGUCCCGCUCCCCCCGGUUGUAGAGGCCCCCAGGUCGUGUCGUCUUCAGGACCUCCAGACAUGUCUGAGCUGAAGAGUCGGAAGAAGUCGGGGCCCAAGGGACCCCCUGCGGAUCCCGGGAAGAGGAGCGAGGGCGUGAAGAGCCCCGAGGCCCGGGGCGGUGGAAGCGGGGGCUGGGUGGAUCCCCGGACUGGCGUGAGCCUGCUGUCGCUGGGGACGUGCCUGGGGCUGGCCUGGUUUGUAUUUCAGCAGUCGGAAAGGUUUGCAAAGGUGGAAAGCCAAUACCAGUUACUGAAAAUAGAAACCAAGGAAUUCCAAGGGCUUCAAAGUAAAAUCAGUUUAAUUUCAGAAAAGCUUGAGUCUACUGAAAGUAUCCUGCAGGAAGCUACAUCAUCCAUGUCUUUGGUGACCCAGUUUGAGCAGGACGUAUCCAGCCUCCAAAGUAUCAUGCAUGACAUUCAAAAUAGUGAAGAGAUGCUCACUCAAAAGAUGCAAAGCCUUCAUGAAAAAUUCCAGAAUGUUACAAAUUUCUGGACGAGAAGCCUAGAAGAAAUGAAUGUUAAUACAGACAUUUUCAAAUCAGAAUCGAAACAUGUACAUUCUCAAGUUACUGUCCAAAUUAACUCAGCUGAACAAGGAAUAAAAUUGCUCACUGAAAGACUAAAAGAUUUGGAAGAUAGCACGCUAAGAAAUAUUAGAACAGUGAAAAGACAGGAAGAAGAAGACCUUCUGCGAGUGGAGCAGCAGCUGGGCUCUGAUACAAAAGCAGUUGAAAAGUUAGAAGAGGAACAGCAUGCUCUCUUUGCCAGAGAUGAAGACCUAACUAAUAAACUUUCCAACUACGAACCCAAGGUGGAAGAAUGCAAGACACAUUUGCCAACCAUUGAAAGUGCUAUUCACUCUGUUCUCAGAGUCUCUCAGGAUCUGAUAGGGACAGAAAAGAAAAUGGAAGACUUAACUAUUCAGAUGUUUAAUAUGGAAGACGAUAUGCUGAAAGCAGUAUCUGAAAUAAUGGAGAUGCAGAAAACGCUUGAAGGAAUUCAGUAUGAUAAUAGCAUAUUAAAAAUGCAAAAUGAAUUGAAUGAUCUGAAAGGAAAAGUUCGUGAUUUUAUAGUAUAUUCAAGUACAAGAGAAAAGGGAACUUUAGAAGAAUAUAAUCUAGAAAAUGAAGGAAUCGAUAGUGAUUUUUAAAUGCCCUACAUUUAUUCUGAUAAACCAUAUUAUACGUAAAUUGAUCAGUUCCGUGCUUUUGUGUCAUUCUGAUAUGACUCACUUUAUCCUACAUUAUUGAGAAAGAAGUGAGAUGUCCACACAAAUGGACUAUUCAGAUAAUCAAAGCUUAUCUUUUUAAGCAAUGAAACAUUUCAUUUUAACUAUUUUAAAUAUUUCUAAAAUAUAUCUACUUUUAAAGCAGUAUAUUGCUUUAAAGCAAUUAUGAAUUCCACCUGUUGGACUCAAAUAUAUUAAUGUCUCUAAGAGCUAUUGAGGAGUGUUUACCUCUUCACUAAAUGACCCCAGUUUGCUAUUUUUCAAACCUUAUGUCUACCACUUAUACCUUUUCUGGCACUUGAAAAGGUGACCCACUGACCUGAUCUUACUGUCAGGUCAGUUGGUAAUGUGCCAGCCUCAGCCAAUUCCUUUGUAAUUUACUGCAGGCUAAGAAUCAGAACAACCAAGUUCAUGGGAAUUGUGUCUAAAAUCAAAGAUAACAUACCUUAUGGAGAGUCCAGGGUGCUUUGCUAUGAAUUAAUAUGCACUUUUUGAAAACUAUCAAGUCUAGGAAACGUUUUUAGUUUUUGUUAAGGUUCUAAACUGUUACAGAUACUUGUAAGACUUUUUAAGAGUAAAUAUCUUUUUAUUAAAAGCUUUUCCUGAGUAUUAAGUGUGUAUGCUUUGAAAUACAGGCUUUCGGAAUAUUUUUAUAUACCUAUUUUUUUUUUUUAAGGUUCUUACUGUGUUACAGACUUGAGUUUGCUAGAUACGUGAUCUCUAGAUAAAUUAUUCUACUUACAAUAUAAAGACACUAAGAAGCCUUUGGCUUAUUUUAAAGAGGAGAAAGCCACACAAUGAGAAAUGAUGACAAUUAUGGUAAUUAAAGUAUGUCAUUAUUUUAAAGAGUCCCCAAACUACUCAACCAAAUUUGUUUUACAUAGUGAUUUUAUUUUACUCAAAGACAUGGACAUAGUGAGAUGAAAUUAAGCAGAGGCCUAGCCAUAUUUUUGUAACAACGAUAAUCAGAAAUGUGCAGGGUUACGGGAUCACAUAAGAUUUUAUUGGCAAACUGAUGUAUCGAAGGUGUCCAAGCUUGGUGCUGAAAACUGAGUCAACUGCAAAUGGAAAUACUGUUCUUCCUUGCUGCUUCUUGCCAAUAACCAACUGUAGUUCCAGUUUCAGUUUCAUAGUGCAAUUUCAGUGGAAUUAAAAAGAACUUGAAAGCAUUCAGUUACAAAAGAUAAUUGUGGUCAGGUAGUUUUAUUAUGUAAAUUUGCACAUUUUUGGAAAAAUCUCUAACAAGUCCUACUAUGGUAGACAGCCAUGGAUCAUAAAAACAAGCCUGGAAGAUUUCUACUAAAGGAUAUACCGUUAAUUUUUGGAAUCUUAACAUUAAAUUUCUUGACUUCUGAAUGUCUAGGUUCUUACCUGUGUGCACUGACAAUUGUAUUUGUUUGCUUUUAUGUUCGUGCCAAUAAAAUAGAUUAUAAAGUUAGCUGUAACUGUGUUGUUUCAACCUCCAUCCUGUUAGGGUAGAUGUGAUCUCUUGUGAACUCUUCACUCUUAUUUAUUUAUUUAUUUUGCAUUUCACCAUAUCUGACACAUCAUUAAUGUUAUUAACUUGUAUAUAUCAUAGUAAUGGUUACCAAAAAUAAGUGGAAACAAGGUGGCCACUGUGCUCUAUAGUGACAGUUACAGGGAAACAAAAACUGCCCUUCUCCAAGAAUUUCAUGAGAAAACUAUUGUGUAUGUGUAUAUACACAUGUAUGUAUACAUACACAUGUAUAUAUUCUUUACCCAGAGAUUUCCCUAUAAAAAAAUGGUCAUUAGAGAGUUUUAGAUGUACCUAAUUUGUCUUCCUGUUUCUUACAUUCAUUUAUGUAUUACAAAUACUUGAAAUUUCAAAAACUUCCCUGUGUAUCAAAUAUGAAAUUAUACCAUUAGUCUUUCCUUUAAGAAUGAUUACCAUAUUCUAAGACACCUUUUUUGUAUCUUUGUAAUUGGUAAUAAAUUUAAUAUCAGUUGA